AUGCCCACGGCGCUGUUUUCCAAGGAGGAGCUGCGGGCGGUUUUCUCAUCCGAGGGCGAGGGCGGCACGCCCAAGGUCGUCGAGAUGAGCGGCGGAGACGAGGAUGCAGAGGAGGAUGAGGCGAAGAAGGCAGAGGCGAAGCUUGCCGAAACUGCCUCCACAAAGGCAUCUGCGCCCAGCCUCGGGAGUGCCAUCCCGAAGAAGGCGAGCCCGGCUACCUCGCCGACGGCGCAGGUGGUGCCGCCAAUGCAGAAAGCUGUGCCGACAGGGCCGGCUGCCGCAGCGGCCGCACCGGGCUUGCAGGUGCAACCUGGGCCGCUCCCUGGUCCGCCUGCAAUUGUACAGAUGGGCACCCCGAUGAUGGGGCAGAUGCCCAUGAUGGGUUUUCAGCCAUCGUGGGGCCUGCCGAUGAUGAGUGGCGUGGCCUUAGCUGCGGCCGCCAAGGCAGAGGAGGAAGCCAAAGCGAAGGCCCAGAAAGAGGAGGAGGAGGAGAAGAAAAGGCGGGAAGCAGAAGCCAAAGCAGAGUGGGAGAAGGCCAGGGCCCGGUCAGAGGCCGAGGCACGGGCGCGGGAGAAGAGGGAGAAGGAGGAGGCCAAGGGUGUUGCACCCGAGCUGCCACCUGCGGAGUUCGAGGAGAUCGUGAACUCCAUGCCGGUGACACCAUUCUGGAAGAUUCCCCCACAAAAAGCAGACAUUCCGCUGGGCAUUCGGCUACGGGUGUUUGAUGGCGGGGGUGCAAGAGAAGUCGCCAGCAUGGCCGUGACGAAGCCACUGAUUUUUGGCAUGGAUGCCGAGCGCUCUCACGUUGUUGAACGAAGAGGGCAGGGUGUCUAUGCAGAGCACGUGGCUUUGGUCUACAAUGCCAAGGGCUUCCACCUCCAUCCGAUUUCCGGACAAAGUGUGCAAUCAGCUGUGACGCAUCACCCAAAGCUCCUGGUGAAGCUUCGCACAGAAUGCGACGAGAAGCUGUCGGGCGAGCGACGAAGCCGUGUCAUGGGCCUGCUAGACCAGAUGGAGAAACAGGAAAUCAGAUCUGUUUUGUUCCAACCUGGUGACGGUCGCAAGAAGCUGACUUGGCAGUCCUGUGUCUUCAGCCUGGGCCGCUCGGAGCGCAUCUACUUCCUGGACUUGGUCUCGAAAGCAGACGAACUAGCCCAGGAAGCUGGAGGCCUCAAAGCCUCCGAGAAAGAUGGUGGUUCCAGGUCAAAGCCGGAGGAAGCUCCCGCUGACAACGAAGCAGAAAAAGCCAGCGCUUCCCCGAAGGAGGAGAUAGCUGCGGCCACAGAGGCCCCCAAAGCUGCUGAAGAGGCAGCUGAGUCUAGAGCGAAAGCCAGCGACGAGCAGGAGGAGAGCAAGGAAGCUCCAGGCCCCCCGGCCAAAGCAAGUGAGCCGAAGGAAGCCAAGGAGACGAAAGCCAAAGAAGCCAAAGAGGCGAAGGAAGACAAAAAACAGAAGAAGAGCACAAGUCGGAGAAGACGUGCAGGCAGAAGCCGCAGCAAAGACAGGCGAGAUCGCGAUCGCGACAGGGACCGAGAAAGACGGGCAUCCCGACGCAGCAAAAGUCGCGGGCGGCCUUCCAGGGCUUCUCGAUGCAGUGUGCUUGCCGUUGGCCUCUCCUGCCUCUGGCUCUUGCAAGGGGAUUCCGCUGAGAGGGGCGCGAGGGGGGCGUUUCUGCCCGGAGUCCGGCAAAGCGUGAAGGACACAGCUCGAAGAAAAGCCUUGGCAGGGCUGCUGGCUGCUGUGGUGGUCACUGAGGGUCCUGCGGCACCUGCGCAUGGAGCUGUGAGUGGACCACCUGUGGACAUGUAUUUUGGGCAGGGCUCCUUCUGGCAAGUGCAGAGUGACUGCACUUCAUUAGAGUCCCAGCUCUUGAGCCGCACUGGUACGGCGAUCACAUCGAUUAGUGGCUAUGCCGGGGGGCAGCCAGUCAACAAUCAGCUGGUAUGUUAUCAUAACCUGGAGUUUCCGCGACGCGACUAUGCCAUCCUGGGGCAUGCGGAGGCCGUCCAGGUUGCAGGCGUGCCACCCGACAAAGUCGUCGACUUCGCGAAGGCCUUCCUGGAUUCGGUGCCAGUGCCCGUAAAUGAGAGCGACAGCGACCGCAAGGGCGAGGAAGGAGAGAGCGAGGAUGGAGUACGUCGAGGCCCGGAGUAUCGGUCGAUGCUGGGCCUGCCCGGAGGUUCGGAGUCGCCCUACUUCAAGGACAUCCUGGAGGCUAGCGGCGGUCGCCUGAAGCUGGCGGUGGGAAAGGGCAGUGAUCCAAGCACUGCUGGCACUGAUGUCGUCUGGAUCUACGACUCCUCCAAGUUCCCAUUCUACCAGGCCGAGCUUUACCACCAGUUUCAUGACCCGGACACCUCCAAGAAGUCCGCUCCAAUGGGGGAGAAGUACAAGGCCCUCAGGGAGGCGCUCCUCCGGCGCGGGCGGCUGCAGCCCGUGAGCUGCCCGGAGAGUGAGGUCGAAGCCUCCUCAGGCGCCGUUGACGAGGUGGAGGAUUCCCUCAACUUCGGGGGCUCUGGGGAUGACCCCUUCGAACCGGUUCUAGGUUUUCUUGGGAAGCCGAACGCUCCCACUCCGCCGAGCAUGAAGCGAGUCCAAAAGGACUUUGUCAAAUAG